AUGGCCCCGGUAUUGAUCGGCCUGGAAGAGCAUUUCACCGGGCAGGCAGUCCUGAGUAGACCGUCUGCUACAGCGAUCCCCAUUUUCAUGUUUCCGCAGUCCCUCGCUGACAAUCUGGCCGACUUGGGGAAGACUCGCAUCGAGAUGAUGGACCGCGGCAAUAUGAGCAUUCAAGUCAUUUCCCACAUCCCAGCAGUUGAGCCACCGGAGAUUUGUCGCGCCGUCAACGACCAGCUGUUCGACGCGGUCAAAACCAGUGCAGGACGCUAUCGUGGCUUUGCUUUCCUACCUAUGGGUUCGCCCGAGGCUAUUUCCGACGAACUCAAGCGAUGCGUGCAGUCCUUGGGCUUCGUUGGAGCAUUGAUCCCCAAUCACGCCCAUGGCAAGUAUUACGACGACAAGGCGUACUGGCCUAUGUGGGAAACGGCCCAAGAGCUCGAUGUUCCCAUCUAUAUCCACCCGACCCCUACCGAAGACUUCAAACGGUAUGCGGGAAACUACGACAACGUCGUGCAGACGCUUAUUGCAGGACCGGCGCUCUGUUGGCACACUGAUAUCGCCAUGCACACACUCCGUCUGUAUGGCAGUGGCAUGUUCGACGCAUAUCCUCGAGUCAAGAUCGUACUGGGGCAUAAUGGUGAAGCAGUCCCCUUCAUGCUGGACAGAAUUGAGAAGAUGUUUUCCAGGAGAUGGGGCAAGCUUGGACGUGACUGGAUGACGGUAUGGAACGAAAACAUCUGGAUCACUACCAGCGGCAUGUUUCAUCUGGGCCCCUUGCAGUGCUGUCUGACAAUGUGCAAACCUGAUCGAAUCUUGUACAGCCUUGAUUACCCGUUCGAAGACCCUAAAGAGGGUUUGGAGUUUAUGGAGGAGCUGGAGAAAAGUGGGCUUGUUUCUCCUGAGCAGUUUGAGAUGAUAUGUUCUGGGAACGCGAAGAAGCUCCUACGGAUCUAA